AUGGCGACGGAGGUGGAGAAGAAGACGACGGAGGUGGUGAGGAGUGAGUAUUUUACGGAGGAGGACUAUGAGGCUUGGGGAGGGCCGGCUGGUUUUGAUAUCGAGGGUAUUCCAACGACACCGUUUUCCGGUGGACUGAUGGCCUACAAUUGUAAUCUUAUGCCUCAGAAUCUCUUGGUCAAGCAUUAUGCUAUGUUGGGGCUUCAUCGUUACAAUAUGUCGGAGGGAACAAGCUUCGAGCUCGAUCGCCUAAUAAAAUUCAACAAGUCACAGAACGCUGUCUCAUCUUACUACAUGACUUUGCUUGCAUACGAUCCUUCCCUUUGCCAAGAAGAAACCUUUCAGGUUCGAACUGAUGAACGGAAAAUUAACAGAUUGCAUGUAACCUGCUCUGUUGCUAGACCUAAAGAUAAAAAAGACGAAGUGUCCACAAAAGGGCCCUUCGUGCCUCACUUUUAUCGUUGCGCAGUCUCGGGUAGUAGUUUAUUCAAUGGUGAAUUGCCUGAUUGGCCAUCAGAUGAUGCUCUGAAUGAUACAAACCGAUUUUACAUGUUGAAUUCAUCAGAGCGGCAAUCCACCGAUUGGAUUCAUCUCUAUUUGGAACUGUUACUUUGCGCAAAUGAUAGGGGGUCGGCGCAGGUCAGACCUGAUUUUAUGACCGACUUACAGAUUCUGAAAGUGGCGAUAGAAACUGAUAUUGGAGAUAUGAAGCCGCUGAAUGAGAGACUCAAGGCCAACUGUGCAAAUGUCUACAUAACGUUUAAGGGCUUGGACACAGUUCCACUAAAUGAUGAGAUUGGUGAGCAUGUUGAACGCAAAGCUAUAGUCAGAAGAGUCAUCGGUCCAGGAUUCUUGACCCUUGUAGGCAAGCAUUGGAGUGGUAAAAAUGCUGAGAAGCGUUCUGUGACUCUCAUGAGUGGAGAAAAAGCCCAGAGGUCUAGAAAGCGAUAUCGCUUUGUCUAG